UGUACGCAUGCGCGACGCAAUGAUGGGAAUUUCCAAUAGCGAACAGGGAGUAGCUAGCCACCACUAGCUGUACUUAAAGAUUGGGCUUGGCAAAGAAAAGACACUACAUUAUGGCCAUUUCCUCAUGUAUGGAGUGACCUUGAACUCACUAUAUUGGAUCAAAUUUAGAAAUGGAGGGUGGAUACCUGCACACAACUCUGGAGUAACACAGUGUGAAGUAACAGCCACUCUUGAUCUCACUGUGCACAACAUAGCCCUGAAUGCCCCUGGAAUAAAAGCAGGCUUUAAGCCAACGAGCAACUCAGAGAUGCCUGUAAGAAGGCAUCCCUACAGGCUGUAGCUGUGCUGCACCAAUUAAAAGCAGCAAGCAGUUCAAUUACCUCUUGUUCAGAAGAGGAUGUGUUUUGCUGACUGGACUUAGAGACUCAUUCCUCUGGCCUCCUCUCUUUAAAGUUAUCAGCAAAGUGUGUGUGCCAGUGUGUGUAUAGUCUUUGAUGGCGACAGAGUGGUGCUGAGGCUUGAAUGCUGCAUCCUAGUGUUGGGCAUCCUAAAAGGGACAAGGCUGUCUGAGAAAGGUGUCACAGCCGACUGAGAAGUCUGCUGCCGAUAAUGGAUGCCAAGUUAAAAGAAGACUUAUUCCGGAGGUAUGUGGCAGCACUGGAGAGGCGCCUGGAAGAUGGAGGGGGCAAUGUGGGAACAGGAGCUGCACUAGAGGAGGGCAGAGGCAGACACAAGGACAGUGAGGCCCUACUCUCCACAGCCACUGCUCUGCUAGGGGCUUACCAGCCGGAUCCAGGUCAACGUUUUCGCAUGGUCCGUUUCUAUGAGAUUGUAGAGAACUCUCUCCGCUGCCAGAGAGGAUGCAACCUCAGAGGUCUGGAAAGGGCCUUUCUCACCCUGGAGACCAUAAGCACCAACCUGCUUCUCUUCCCCUGGAAGAAGGAGUUCAGAUGUAUAAAGACCUUCACUGGCCCAUAUGUUUACCAUUUGCAGUCUUCUAUUUCUGACGCUGAGCUUCGAUCUCUCAUGCGCACCAUUGGCUACUCCCGUGACUAUGAUUCACAGUUCCAUUUGCGGGAGCACCCAGGAGAUGUAAACCAUCUACGCCAGUUGGCAUUUGAGCUCUUUCUGGCCCAGGCAGAGUGUCGUCUUCUGGGGGAGAUAGUGGCUCUGGCCCGGGGUUCAGCCUCAGAACUAGAGGCUUUGGAGCUCCGCAGAGGGUGUAGGGAUGAUGCAGCUGGAUGUGCUGAGGCACUCCGCAGACGGGAUAGCCUUGGAGUGGAUAUGGCUCGACUGUCUGUGCGACCAAUGGAUAUAGAGAGGCCUCACCACCUGAGGAGAGGAAGCAGACCGUCCAAGUCCGUGGAUGUCACUGAUGGGGCUGGCCACUGGCAUCCUGCAGCAGUCAGCAAGCCUGUUUUGAAGGCCUCCCUGAGUCUGAGGAAAGAGCCAUUGUUUGUGGACACAGAGGAAGAUAUGAAGGAUGAGAUCAUAAGGCCCAGCACCUCAGCAUCUCUUUUCUCUGUGGUAGCUCCACCUUCCUAUAGCCCCAUUGCUGACUUCUUCCCAAUUCAGUCACCUCCUGCUGUUGAUGCCUACUCCUCCUACCACCUGUCCUCUUUGGAUGAGAUUGAUUUGUAUACAGAGAGGGGUGGUUCUGGGAUUGGGGGAAGGCAGACCCCUUCUCGACCCCCCUCUAGAGAGCCUCGGGAUGCUAGGGAUGGGUGGCUGCUCAAAGCCCACGGCAGUGUGAAAUGUCAGGGCUGUGGCUUGGGCUGCUCCACCAUGGCUUCCUGCCAGAGGUGUGACAUGAUCCUCUGUUCUGCCUGUCACGAUGUGGACCCUUCCCCUUGCUGUGGCCUGCAGGACUAUCACCCAAAAUCCCCACGGCCUCUCGAUAGUUACAUCCCAGUGAAGGAGAAGCUGUCUGUCUACUCUAAUACUCACUCCCACCUCCACCCUCAUCCCCUCACUCUGACCCACUCACACACUCACCCCCAUCAUCCCCAGAUGGUAGAGAAACCCCUCAUAUCAACCAAGCUGUUUCCAAGCAAGUCUGUUGCCAUGGCAGCACCAAUGGGAAGCAACAGCGAGCGAGUUAGCGUAGGGGGAUCACGGUGUGGGUUUUGUAACAAGCCUGGUGCGUCACACACCUGUGUGAACUGCUCCAAGGUGUCAUGUGACUCAUGCAUGGGCCUGUAUGCAAAGGAUGUGUGCACACGAAAAAAUCCUCAGCACAGUUUCGUGCCCAACCAUCAGCUCAACUUCAAAUCUGGCACCAUAUCACACCUAGUUUAUCGAUGAACCACGAAUACAAAAUCUCUUUCUCCCCUCCAUCCAUCUCAAACAUAGUCUUGCACUAUCGCUUUAGCUCUAUUCACACUUGACUAAAACAUGCUUUCUUCCCUUUAUCUAAUGCUCCCUUUUCUCCCCCCCCCCUCUCUAAUCUUCCAUUGAACUUUGUACAUUCUCUUACUAUCAGAUGUAGGGCAAAUGCACAGAGAGCCAUAUCGUCUGCCCAUCUCUCUGCCUUGUACAAGUUCAGGCCUUUUAUCUAUUUCCUCUUUGUUUACCUAGCUGCCGGCUCUUAAGUAGUUAUGUGAUGUUGUAGCGCUUCCCAACCCUUCAAAUUUUGUCCUCCUCACAGGAGAAACUGGAGCAAAGAGAGUUUCAUGCAUUCUCAUUUGAAUGAAGGCCGUCCAAAUGAACUUAAAUACUUUGCCUAACUUCUCAG